AUGUAAAAAUAAGAUAGAAUUAAUGUGGACCACUCAAAAAAGAUUAGUUCUUCUGAUUAGUUCAUUUGUGUGUACCAAAUUAAUUAAUCUUGUUAGUUAAUAUUAAAUAUACGUUUUAUGAAAUUGAAUUAUUUGCUGCUGGGACUCCUCAUGUCUCUUAUCGAAACAUCGGUAAUUUCAAGUAUCCUUAAUCAUCUAUGUUAGAGAUAUGAGCAAAGACAAUCAGAAAAUCUAAUUGCAGAUGAGUAACAAACAACAUCAAAUUAAGAGAGUCAAAAAAAUAAUAGAUGACCAAGAACAAUGGUUUGAGGGUAAAACAAUUCACAAUUAAUAGAAUUUUUUGAAUAUUAUGAAGAAGUUAUCUAUGAGUAUGAUGAGUAGGAUCCAGAUGAACUCAGUCUAGGAUCGUAGAUGGAUUUAGAACAUUUAAUUGAGAACUAUGACAUACCAGAGGAUUGUUAAGAGGAAAAUGUGAGUAUCUAUGAAUAUUACGAUGCCAGCGAGGAAACUCAGAAAGUUGACACUAAUAAAAAAUCUAAUCAGAAGACUGAAAACGAAAAUAACUUCUAAGUUUUUAAUUUAGGAGAAGAAGAAUUCAUACCUCUGGUAGACGAUCAUAAGGAAAUUUUGGAUGAUGACAUCUUAACUAUGAAAAAACCAUUUGAAAAUUAGGAACAUCAGAAACAUUCCAAGAAGGAGAGUCAUCAGAACAAAAAAAUAAGUAAUAAAAAAAAAAUUAAGACCAAAAGUAAGAAGAAGAAUGUUAAAAAAUAAAAAAAGAAGUAGAAGUGA